CACACACGGCUGCGCGAAGCUCAGCGUUGCAAACAGCGAUAUCACGGAAACCUGUACCGUACUGUUGCCCGUGGACCCACUUAUCUGAUUCUUAAUGCUCCAAUCGUCGCGGAACAUUUUUUUGGGGCCCGUGUUCCCGCCUCCCCUGCGCUCUGAAAUAGAUGGUGCAAGUGAAAAUGUCCAAACCGUCCGCGGACCUGCUGUCUGGCGUUGAGAGCGGCUCCCAGUCGCAUUAUUUCCAGUUGCCAAGAAAGCUGCCGAAACGCAAGAGCCGCUUUAAACGUUCGGACGGCAGCAUUUCCUCUGACACCACCUCCAGCUUCAUUAAGAGACAGGGUUCGGCCGAUUCGUACACGAGCAGACCCUCGGAUUCCGACCUGUCAGCGGAGGAGGACCGCGAGGCGUAUCGGCGUGAGGCCGAGCGCCAGGCCCAGCUCCAGCUCGAGAGAGCCAAGUCCAAACCCGUGGCUUUCGCGGUGAAGACAAAUGUAAACUACUGCGGCGCUCUCGAUGAGGAUUGCCCUGUUCAGGGUGCCGCCAUAAACUUUGAAGCCAAAGAUUUUCUGCACAUUAAAGAGAAGUACAACAAUGACUGGUGGAUCGGGAGGCUGGUGAAGGAGGGAGCUGACAUCAGCUAUCCAAGCCCCCUCCGUCUGGAGGCCAUGAGGCUCAAGCAGGAGCAGAAACAGCGGAAAAGUGGAGGUAAUUCCUCCUCCAGCCUGGGUGACAUGGUGUCAGGAGGCUGGAGAUCCACACCGCCAUCUGCAGCCAAACAGAAGCAAAAGCAGACUGAACAUAUUCCUCCAUAUGACGUGGUUCCCUCCAUGAGGCCAGUGGUGUUAGUUGGGCCGUCACUGAAGGGCUAUGAGGUUACAGAUAUGAUGCAGAAAGCUCUGUUUGAUUUCCUCAAGCACCGCUUUGAAGGACGGAUUUCUAUAACACGAGUCACUGCUGAUCUGUCAUUGGCCAAAAGAUCAGUUCUGAAUAAGAGACCCAUCAUGGAAAGGUCCAACACACGCUCCAGUUUGGCGGAGGUGCAGAGUGAGAUCGAGAGGAUAUUUGAGCUGGCCAAAACUCUCCAGCUAGUGGUUCUGGAUGCAGACACUAUCAACCACCCAGCCCAACUGGCCAAAACCUCACUGGCACCCAUCAUUGUGUAUGUCAAGGUCUCCUCACCGAAGGUACUACAGAGGCUAAUAAAGUCAAGGGGGAAAUCUCAGAGCAAACACCUAAAUGUACAGAUGAUGGCAGCAGACAAACUGGCUCAGUGCCCACCUGAGAUGUUCGAUGUCAUCCUGGAUGAGAACCAGUUAGAGGAUGCCUGUGAACAUCUAGGUGAAUACCUAGAGGUCUACUGGCGCGCCACUCACCUGCCAGGCACCGCCUCCCUCAACCCACUACUGGAGCAGAACCUGAUGACUCCACCUUCAGCCGUCUCCAGCCUACAGAACCAGAACCAGAACCAGAACCAGAACCAGCUGUUGUCGGCAGGGGGUGCCGGGGGGGUAGAGGAGGAGGAACAGGGCGAACGGGACAGCCUCAUGCCCUCCGACGAAGUCAGUGACUCGCGCUCCCUCCGCGGCGGCGGCUCGUGCUCCCUGCAUCCCGCAGAGGACGAAGGGGAGGGGGAUGAGGAGGAGGAGGAGGAGGAGGAGGAGGAAGAGGAGGAGGAGUACGAACCCCCCCACCACUCGCACUCGUACCGGGACAUGUACCCGCCUGGCCGCAGUCACCCUGGCGCCGUCCACAACGCCAACGGGCACGAGUCACAGGACCGGCUGCUGCAGCAGAGCGACUCGCGGGGCGUCCGCGGUCACCGCGGCGACCGGCCACGCCCCCGAGCCUGGCCGCGGGAUAACUACUGACCGGCAGGCGGGGCGGGGAAGAAAAGAGAGUGGCAGGCAAAGCAGGGAAGAACAGAACGGGAAGUUUGAGUGCGUGGGGAGGAAGUCGGCGCCUCUGCGUUGAUCCUUGGCGUGACAUCAAAGCUGCAUGCUGUCCAAAGGUCGGGGGAAUGUUUGUGUUGAUGAGAAGCAUUGCGUGCUGCUGUUCUAGUGUCGAGGAGGUCCAUUAAGACAGAACUCAGGCAGAACUCCUCCUUAUGGCUCCGAUUCGUGUCCAUCUGCAAACCAGGAAUCUUGAGUGUCAUCGGCUAAGUCCAAUACCGCUUAGCAUAACUGACUAAAAAAAAACAAAAAACAUUUUUCCCACACCUACUGAAGAUCAUAGAGCCAGGCAACAGGAAAAGCACUUUUUAGUAUGGGAUAUAACAUAGUGAAUUAUUGUAGCAUUUGGUUGGAGUUUAAAUGUUGAAGUUUUCGGCUAAGGUGGUUUUAGAUGGUUUCAAAUGCCACCCAGCCAACUUUAAUGCAAAACAGGGAAAAGCCACAUGUACAUGAAUAGUCUAUUUUUGGUCAUGUUUUGCCCCCACCCCUUACACGCCACUAAAAAGACACUUGGAUGUUUGUGUACCGUGUUUAUAUAUCCUUGGCGGAAAACACUUAAGGAAAGGCACAGAACAGGGUAUUGCUGUCUGAUUGAUACGACUACAGGCAUGGACGCUGCUGUUUACAUGUAACCCUUCUACAGUUCAGUCUUCCCACGUUUUUUGUGUUUUCUUUCUCUCCUGUAGCCCCACUCUCGUAAAGAGCUUCGCGACGACUUCGUUUGCAACGCUAAUAGCGCCACGAUUGGAAGAAAGCAGAGUAUCUAGGUCAGGAUUCAUGUACAGAAAGCCAGACUUAGACACGUUGUUGCUUAGGGGCCGCCCAUCGUCCUCGCACCCACCCUUUAAAGCAGGCAGUGUAGCGUUCCAUGCCAUUUUAACGGGAAGAGGGAAGUCUCGGAAGCAAAGCAGAAAAGGCCAUGUGAAAUGUUCCACUGGUGUACUGGGCCAAUGGAAACGUAAUCGGAGCACUGACUUGCUUGUUCCUACCGGAGAGGGUCUUUGGGAAAGUCUUCAACGAGACGGCAGUCUUUCGGCUUCCCGUUGCACCCCC